AGGACACAAAGGACAUAUAGGUUUAUUCUAACUCUGGAGCUCUAUCUGGGAGGAAGUCUGUCAACAGAGUCUGUGUUCGCUGGCAUCUCUUUCCAGAAGACGUAAAUACAGCCGACCUGCUACCUUGUUGUGUAGGAUGUCACAAAAGAAGAUGCUGCGAUUCUCAACGGGAGCUCUGCUUCUUCUCCUUCCCUGGUUUGGUGGCCUGGUCCUUGGAGAGAUCAGCAACGACUUCUCCCAGUGCCUUGAUUUCUUCUAUAAUACAACUCCUCCAGUGGGUAUCACUGCAGCAGGUUACCAGCCAAUAUGCCAGCGCUACAAAAACCAGUACCACUUCGCCAGCCUGUAUAACCGCCAGAGUCGUUCACCACUGUACUCUGCGUACGUACUCAGUCCUGCGGAUGGAAAGCGCCCCAGAUCUACUUGGAUGUUUGAACCUCAGUUGGCGUUUUCCCGUGCCAGCUCAGAGAUGCAACGCUUCCAAACCCCGUUGGACCAGAAUGUAAUUGAGAGCCAGGCGGUGCUUGAAGACUACAAGAACUCCAACUUCACAAAGGGCCAUCUCAAUCCCAGCCAGCACCAGAAGACAGUAGAGGACCGUAAGGCCACCUUCACGCUGACAAACAUCGUCCCUCAGAAAGCUGGCUCCAACUCUGGACCGUGGAACGGUCUGGAGAGUGAGGUUUUAAACAGAUUCAAGGCCUUCUGCAACGGGUCCAUGCACGUGAUCACCGGAGCGAUGCCUUAUGAGUCUGAACCGCGCUGGAUCAAUAACAGGGUGUCGGUUCCCGAGUACAUGUGGUCCGCCUACUGCUGCCCCUCCUACAGAUCUGACCUCCCUGAGUUCCUGAAGCCCUUUUUCCCCACGUAUGCUGCAGUGGGAAGGAAUGACCGCAACAGUGGAGAGGAGAUUGUGCCGGUUAAUGCCAAGGCGGGAGCCUCUGUGAGGGGCUACGAUGUGAGGCGCAUGUCUUUAGAGGCUCUGGAGGGCAUCCUGAAACAGAGGCUGGGCAUGCCCAUCACUCUGUUUCAUGGACAGUGUCAGUAACUAAGGUUAAAAGCUUUGGUUCCUUCUUUAAGUCAAAUGUUAACUGUUAUGUGUGUGCACCAUGUAAAGCACAUCUUAACAUCUUUAAUUACUUCAUGAGCAUUUGAUUAAUCAGUGCAUGAAAUACAUUUUUUCAAUGAUUACUAUUUUUUUAAAUACAUAUUCUUUUCCUUUUUGUUAAUGUUUUCAUCUUGUAACAAUUAACCACAUGAUUUUACUAAUCACACAAGUCAUAAAUCAGUGAAGAGCCAUCUGAUGGAACAAAAUUAACAUUGUUUUUUUCUUUUGAAUAAGUAAUAACUUUGUUUAUACAAAUGCAAACACCUCCAAAUUAAAUGCUUGCACAUUU